AUGUCGGCCAUUGAGCUGAUCAACCCCCGCGCAGAGUCUGUGCGACGUGUCCAGGCGUUGCAGGUGAACAUUGCCGGUGCCGUAGGUCUUGCACAGGUUGUGCGCUCGAACCUUGGUCCGCGCGGCACGCUCAAGAUGCUGGUGGACGGGUCGGGCAACAUUAAAAUGACCAAGGACGGCAAAGUCUUGCUCACGGAGAUGCAGAUUCAGAACCCGACAGCUGCGAUGAUUGCUCGUACUGCUGUAGCGCAGGAUGAACAGUGCGGCGAUGGGACUACUUCGGUAGUUAUCCUCGUCGGCGAGCUGCUCAAGCAGGCCGAGCGCUGCGUCCAAGAGGGCGUGCAUUCGCGCGUUAUUUCCGAGGGACUUGACGAGGCUAAGAAUGGCGUACUGCAGUUCCUCGAGACGUUCAAGCGUCAGCUGACUAUGGACCGUGCAAACCUGAUUUCCGUGGCGCUUACUGCGCUGAGUACUAAGCUGUCUGCCAAGCUUGCGACGCAGCUCGCCGAUAGCGUGGUGGAUGCGGUGCUGGCCAUCAAGCCGCGCAUCGCGGCACCGUCUGUCAUCCCUCCCGCACCUUCUACGGAUGGCAUCACGGAGCGUGUGGAAGACUGGCAGGCGCACGACCCUAUUGAUUUGCACAUGAUCGAGGUUAUGAAGAUGCAGCACAAGAGCGAUACAGACACGCAGUUGAUCCGUGGUUUGGUGCUGGACCACGGCGCACGCCACGCAGAUAUGCCCAAGCGCGUUCGCAACGCGUACGUGCUCACUUUGAAUGUAAGCCUCGAGUACGAAAAGACGGAGGUCAACUCGGGCUUUUUCUACUCCAACGCUGAACAGCGCGAAAAGCUGGUUGAAUCGGAGCGCCGCUUUGUGGACGCCAAGCUGAAAAAGAUUGUGGAGCUGAAGAAUUUGGUGUGCGACACUGCUACCGACGUGCCGGAAGAAGAGCGCUCUUCGUUUGUCAUUUUCAACCAAAAAGGGAUCGAUCCGAUGUCACUCGAUGUUUUGGCCAAGAACGGCAUUUUGGCACUGCGCCGUGCAAAGCGUCGCAACAUGGAGCGCUUGCAGCUUUGCUGUGGCGGCGUCGCGCAAAACAGUGUUGACGACCUCACGCCCGAAGUUCUUGGCUGGGCCGGUCUUGUUUACGAGCAGACGCUUGGCGAGGAAAAGUAUACAUUUGUGGAGGACACCAAAGACCCCAAGAGUGUUACGCUUCUCAUCCGCGGCCCCAAUGCGCACACCAUGACCCAGAUCCAGGAUGCUAUCCGCGAUGGUCUGCGGAGCGUAAAGAACGCUGUGGAAGAUGGUUGCUUGGUGCCCGGCGGCGGAGCGUUUGAAAUCAGCGCUUCGGCCUACCUCAUGGACACCGUCCGCCGCAAUGCCAAGGGCCGCGCAAAACUCGGUGUUGAGGCAUUUGCACAGGCACUCUUGGUCAUUCCUAAAACCCUCGCUAGCAAUUCGGGCUUCGAUAUCCAAGACUCGCUCCUCGCGCUCCAAGACGAGUGCGCCGAUGGGCACGUUGUUGGCCUCGACACGCAAACGGGCGAGCCCAUGGACCCUGUGACCACUGGAGUGUGGGACAAUUAUCGCGUGAAACGUCACAUGAUUCAUUCUAGCGCAGUCAUUGCAUCCAACCUCUUGUCCGUGGACGAGAUUUUGCGCGCAGGUCGUAGCUCGCUCAAGGAGCCGUAG